UGACACUUCUACCAGUAGGUGGCGGUACUGCGCAGUACACGUUGAAUCUGGACAACAUCCCGAAAUCCACCGAAGAAGAAGAAGAACGCCAGGUUCAGGCAGGGAUUGGAGUUACAAGUAGGCUGUGUGUUUCGGUCACUGGGGGUCAACACAGGCUCUGUUCAGAAGGACUAGAAACACCUUGCAGCUGCAGCAUUAGCAACGUCAAGCUAUACAUAUCGUUAAAUGUUGCUCCAAUGGUACCAGGAACCCACUGUUAGCAGGUCUGUACCCAGUACUCUGACAGGGUAGUCCAGAUUAUUUUGUUUCCCACUGGAGGCAAAUGGUUUUGAGUCAUGGAUCAAGGUGUUGUGGACAGUCCCGUUACACUAGUCAUCAAGGCCCCCAACCAGAAGUACGAUGACCAGACCAUCAACUGUUACCAGAACUGGACCGUGGAGAAGCUCAAGGCACACCUGUCAGAUGUCUACCCAAGUAAACCAAGCUCCAAAGACCAGAGGCUGGUGUAUUCUGGGAAGCUGCUUUUGGAUCACUUCACCUUGAAAGACGUGCUCAGAAAGCAGGAUGAGUACCAUAUGCUCCAUCUGGUGUGCUCCUCUCGAACUCCUCCCAGCUCCCCGAAGCCCCCCCGCAGCCACAGUAACAAGCCUCAGGAGAACUCAGCUGGUCCCACGCCCCUUCAAAACUCUAACAGUCCCGUCACUGGUCAACAUAGCCAGUCAUCUACAGCAGAGAGCAGUGAUGGACUCAGACAGCGAGCUGGCCCCUUCCCUGACCAACACAUGUAUCUACAGUAUAUGCACAGCUGGAAUCAGUACUCUCCACAGCCGACACCUCCCACAAACAUGAUGCCUGCUUAUUACAACCCCAUGACUCUAAUGUGGUGGCAGCAGCUGUACGCUCGGCAGUACUUCCUGCAUUAUCAGUUACUGGCUGCCUCCUCGCAGCACCUCAGGCCGGGCCAGCCCUCGGCUCAGUCCAACCAGCCCGAUCCUCUGAGCCAGCGGCCUCAGGCGGACCGUCGCGGCAACCCGGAAGUCCAGAUGAACGCCCAGGGAGGGGAGAUCCUGAACGAGGAGGAGCUGAACCGGGACUGGCUGGACUGGGUGUACACAUUUUCACGCGCCGCGAUCUUACUCAGCGUAGUUUACUUCUACUCCUCCUUCAGCCGCUUCGUCAUGGUGAUGAUGGCCAUGCUGGUGCUUUACCUGCAUCAGGCUGGCUGGUUCCCCUUCAACCUGGAGAACGAGCUCCAGCUUCCUGGAGACGGAGCCAACCAGGACGACAUGGAGGGAGAGCCGCAAAACCACGACUUACAAGAAAUGGAAGGAGGGCUGGAUGAUGGCUCGGACGACGAGGGAGACAGUGGAGAGGAAGGAGCAGAGGAUCCAAACAGCGCCCCCAACACGGGCUUCCUGUCCUCCACGUGGUCAUUCAUCAUCACCUUCUUCAUGUCACUCAUCCCGGAGGGACCGCCAAAUGCUGCAAACUGAACCACAGCUCUCCACAGGAGCGCCACCUGUCUAUAAGAGUAGGCUGAAUGCCCUACCUGCUUCGGGAAACCGUUUCUGUUGCAAUACAGUGUUAAAGUUUCCCUCUAGUCGACUUUACUACAUAUCUAAGACUUUGAGCCAAAACGCCAAUGACUGAUUGGUUGACUGAUUGAUUUAUGCUGAAAAGAGAAAGAUGAUCACUUCAUGUGGAGGUUUUUACUGUCAAAUGACAGGAACUUUAGGUUAACUGCUAUAUACAAGGAUUGCUAGUGAUGCCCUCUAAACGUAGUCUGAAUAAUAAAAGUGUCUGCUAAUGCAUUUCUUUAUGUAAUUUAUAAAAUAAGGACGUCAGGCACAUUUGUGAGAAGAAAUAAUUACAGCACUACUUUUGUUAAACAGUCUCUUUAGGUUUUUUUUGUAAGUGGCUGCAAUAUUUGUUGAAAUAGUUUUCUUUGAAUUGAAAUGUUUUUGUAAUUGUGGUUGUAUCCAGAUAACAAAUUUUAAAAGGGGCCACUGUAGUCCAAAAGCUGAUCAUCUGUGAUAACAUACGUGAGCGAGUUUGUUCUGAGAGAUGUUAAAAAAUGUGUUUGAACACAUUGUGUACUCUGUUGAAAAGUUCCCCCGAGUGAUGUCUGCUGAAGAGAAGUGUGAUUUUGUUUACUCAAGUGAAACGAUGCACGCCUGAUUCUCUGGCAGCCUGAAGGAACUGAGUGAAGUAGAAGAACUGGUGUUUAAAGUCAUGUGGCAAAGAGACACUUAAAAAAAACCAAAACCUACUGUUAAAUAAAACCACUGCCACUAUUGAGAGGUCACGUAAGACAAGAACUUAAAACCUUUUUGAGUUUGUGAAAAAUGGCUGCUGCUGUUACAUUUUAACAUGUUGUGUACCAAUAAUAAUAUUCAUGUUUAUUAAACCCUUCAAUCAUGG